CAAUUAUUUACUUGAGUAUACAAUAGUUACCUUUGCAGCAAGGGGCUCGACGAGAACGUCCCCAGCGUCCGUACCCUGCACGACUUGUUGUAAAAGGCCGCGCGAAUUGGUCGUGACAGUUGGCAAGCCGUCUGAUAUGGGUGCCGAGCACCAACUAACAUUAGGCAAAGUGUCUCAGGACAUAAGCAAAAGUACUUGCUUUUCCGAAAGUCCAAGUUCCUGUGAGACUCUCGACUCGCAGGCCACGGUCGCUCUUCUGCAGUUAUGAACUCCUUGGAGGCCGGGCGGGUCCUGAGCGUGCUAGAUGAGACGCUGGAGGGGCUCAGGUUGGUAUCAUACAUCACCCAAGAUGUGCUGGAUACAGCAGAGCAGCUGCGUGAUAUGCUGGGGGAGGAUCUGGCAAACACUCUGAUCAAGCACCGCCAGCUACUUCAAACGGCGAAAUCAACGCUCAACAAUGAACAGCUACAAGCGUCAACUCUGGAGCUCGUGCGCCUACUUAAGAAAUCACCGUCAGCACAGCGGCUCCAGGUCCUUCCUUACGAGCGCACAUACGGCAUCUUGCAAGCGCUUCAAUACUUCGAUCAGCUGAGGCUGUUCACGCAAAAGCGGCUUACGACGACGGUGGAAGAGGACAGCAGCAAUCGGGAAUAUUUUGAGGAGGUCCGUGACCGCGAGGAGCGAGCGGUAGCUGAGCGGCUUCAGCUGGAGCAGAAGCUUCGGCUGCAGAGAGUGGAACUGCAGAAGGCAGCGGGGAGCAUUCAGGUGUCGGAGGACCGGGCGCGCGGUGAGGUGGCCGACGUGCAGAGCAGCACUGCGCAGUCAAGGACAGCCAUCGAGGCGGCCGCCAAGUCACAGGCUGACGCCGACCGAUCGGCGUUCCAGGCCGACCUGGCUCUGGCGACAAAGGAGCUUGCGGCUGCCCGUACGGAGCUGGCCCGGCUGAGAGCGGAGCACAAGGACAACGAGGCGCUGCUGCGGAAGGCUAGGAAGCGCGCAGAGCAGGACGUGGAGGUCCAGAUUGGCGAGUACGAUGCAGACGUGGGCGCAAAGGAGGAGGAGUUGGCUAAGGCGCGGGCCGAGUACGAGGAAGUGCUCAGUCAGCUGCAUGAGUACAACCGCGGUUGGAGUGAGAUGUACCAGGAGCGGCUGGAGUACGAGGAGCGGGAGAGACGGCUGGCGGAGCAGCGAUUCCAGGCGGCGUUGCUAAACCUACGCCGCAACCAUGCGGCGCGCGUGGUCCAGGCGGCGUGGCGUGCAUACAAGAAGGCCAAGGAGAUUGCGCGCAAGAAGGCGAAGAAGGCGGAAAAGGCCAAGGCAGCUGCCAAGAAGAAGUAAAGCGAAACUAGUAGUAGAUCAGUGAGGUAAAAAAAACUCACGGCACGGCGGCGCUGGUGCAGGGCAUUGGCAACGGCCUUGGGAAGGUUAUGGCUAUUAAGGUCACAACCUUCCUGGCAGGUAUUCUGUGAGUAUGUUAGCAGGGGACAUUGCCUGCAUCAUAGCACAUGCUGGCAAUUAUUGGCAGGAAAUGAUGAGAGGCUGUGUGGAGACCAAACUCCGUGGGGCGAAGGCAACCUGUCCGGUGCGGUACAGCUGUCAACAGAGCGGAUGCAAUGCGGCUGGGAAGCAGGUGAUCAGGAAUUGGCUCACUUUUCGUGUACAUAUGCCACAGGUGGGCUCGCUCCCGUUGGCAGGCAGCAAGGGGUAGGUACUCAGAACCAUGCGUCAGCGCAUCAUUAUCAGCCGCAGAAAGUGCGAAAGGAACGUCCAUAUCUUCCAUGUAGGACAGGAGCAUAUGGAGGAGUUUUGAAAAAGGCGUGGCCACGUACAUGAUAUGAACAGCGUGCAUAAAGAGCAGGUUCACUGAACUGGGGCUGUCCAUGCUGGCUGCAAGACGCCAUCCUUGGGUCGCUGAAGCCGCCUCUGCUGCCUGCCGAGGAUGGCGGUAGCGGCAGUGAAGGCCCAAAAUGUCAAGUGUGUUCCCAAGCAGAAAAUGCAGUGCGGCGGUGGCGGAGUGAGACGCUUGUCCCCCGGCAAUGCGUAGGGGUAUGGCUGCAUGUGCUUUUAUCGCUGCGCCCGGGUGGUCUUGCAUGACUGGUGUUCCAGACUAGGGUUACUUUGCGCGCGUGUAUACAUGUGCAUCUUCUGCGUGUUCAGGGUGCAGUCGUACUGAGCAUGUUGCCACCACCUCAACGGUCAGGAAUAUCAUCUCAGACAGGGUAAGGCUUUGGGUGGUCCGUGCGGUACGUGUCGCGUUUUUGCCUGUGGGAUGACGCCUCCACGGGUGAGGCCGCCUAGUAUGCCGUAUCAAACGGUAGUCCGGAGGCCGCACCAUCCAAUGGUUGUACGCAAGUGCGCAUCGUUCUUCCUAAUGAGGUUCAGUAUGUAACGAUUUUUCUUGCAUAGCUGCGUGCAACUGGCAAGGUUUGAAUGCAACAGUGAGGGAUGAAUGUAAUCUUCUUAAAGAGCCC